AGAAGGGCCUUGCGCGAGUCGCGGAACCAAUGGCGUUUCCGGCGCCGGGAUUCAAACGUGCGCGGGCGCUGAGGACGAGCGCGGGUCUCGUCCAUGGAUCUGAUCCGGGGCUUUUGCGGGAAGCUGCGGUCUCUGGCCGUCACCCUGGACGGCGAGACGGCCCGGCUGCAGCGAGCGCUGGACGGAGAGGACAGCGACUUUGAAGAUUAUCCAAUGAGAGUUUUACAUGACCUUCAUUCUGAAGUCCGGACUCUAAAGGAUGAUGUCAAUAUUCUUCUUGAUGAAGCAAGCUUGGAAAGUCAAGAAAGCAUUGGUUUCAUAAAGGCAACAAAAGUACUGAUGAAAAAAAAUUCAAUGGAUAUCAUGAAAAUAAGAGAGUUUUUCCAGAAGUAUGGAUAUAAUCCACGUGCUAAGGAAAAUUCAGUGGAUGAGCAAGAAGUCAUUGACUCUAAACCAGAGUCCAAUAAACAGGAAAAUCCUGAGAAGCCUGAUGAGAAGGGUGAUUUGUCAGAUUCUGCUCCUCCAAGCAGUUCUGUUUCUGAGAAGCCUCCACGUAGUCCACAACUUUCCGAUUUUGGACUUGAGCGGUACAUCAUAUCCCAAGUGCUGCCAAACCCUCCCCAGGCAGUAAACAACAAGAAGGAAGAGCCAAAAAUUUUAACUCCGUUUUCCAAACGGCCACUAGUAAAAACUCCCAGAUGUGCACUAAAGAUGGAUGAUUUUGAGUGUGUGACUCCUAAAUUAGAACACUUUGGUAUCUCUGAAUAUACUGUGUGUUUAAAUGAAGAUUAUACAAUGGGACUUAAAAAUGUGAAGAAUAACAGUAAGGGGGCCAUAGAAACAGAACCAGUGACCAACAAUAAUAUCUUUGCCACUCCUGGCCCCAUAACCCAGCCAUUGGAAAAAAAUGAUGCCGAGCAUACACAUUCUCCCGUGGCACCUACAUUCUGCACUCCUGGUUUGAAAAUCCCUUCUACAAAGAACAGCACAGCUUUGGUAUCCACAAAUUAUCCAUUAUCAAAAACAAAUAGUUCAUCAAAUGACUUGGAAAUGAAAGACAGUACAUCAUUAGUUUUAAAUUCAGACGAGUGCUUUGAGAAUUUUGCGGAUCCCUCUUCUCCUACGAUUUCUUCUUAUGAGAAUCUGCUCAGAACACCUACACCUCCAGAAGUAACUACAAUUCCAGAAGAUAUUCGCCAGAUUUUAUCAAAAUACAACUCAAACCUAGCUACUCCGGUAGCAGUUAGAGAAGUGCCAUCCAGCAAAGUGUUCCUUCCUCGAUGUGAAGGACAGCACGUCCGAGAUGCUGGCAACAGAGAAAACUGGUGAAAAAAUUGUAGUGGAUCCAUCCUUCCAUUAUAGAAACUGAACAGAAUGAGAUGAAAGCAAAUCUGCUCUUUGUUUUUCACAUUCCCCGACAUCUUUCCCCUUCUGAAAAUCCAACUCAUAUUAAAGAUGAGCAUGGACACUGAUGUCAUAAAAUGCUUUUUAUUAAGUUUGAUUUAGUCUAACCUCAGUCUUGUUGACAUGUAGUUCAGUUACUCAGUUUUGAAAGAUCAUUACUAUUUCACUGAUUUCAAAUUUACCCUGCCUAAUGGAAGAGUAUGGUUUAAGUAAUACUAGGAAGCAGGAUAAAUAAUUUUUGAAAUUUAAACGUUACUGUUUGCUACUCAGAUAAGGCCACUUUCAGUCUUCUUGGGCUACUAGACAGUUGUUGCUGGACCUGGGCUUCUUCCUUGGGUCUAGCUCUGCCCGCCCUUCUGUGUCCUCUCAUGACUAUCCCAAGUCUUUUACACCUUUUAUUUCAACAAUGCUCUUUUAAGGCACUGUUGUUUACAAAUGACAGCUUAAAUUAAUUUAGGGAGAGAGGAAUUUACAGGCCUAGGUAACUAUACUGAAGUAGGUGUCUCGGACAUUUGGAAUUAGACACGUGCCUGCUGUCAGGACAGAUGUUUUGUUUUUACUUGUCAGUUUCAUCCUUUCAAAUCACCUGUUACCAGCACAUGGCUGCAACCUCUCCAGGUCCCCUUCCAGCUCGGCAGCCCAACAGAGCCUGAGCCUCACUCUGGAGGGUCCUAGGACUCCUGGCCAGGUGCUCAUCUCUGGACUGUCUGCUGUGCCUCUAGAGCUGUCUGAGAGCUCCAGGCUGCCCUGUCCAUGGAGCCCAAGAUCCUUCCGGUCUAAGUAAAGUUGAUGCAGCAAAGAUUAUCCUCUUUUAUGGUUGGGCCUUGAAAGUCAAAUGUGAAGACCUGUCACAUUGUGAAUCUUUGUUUUGUCAGAAAAUUGCCACUAAAACAAAAAAAAUUUAUUCUUUGUUCUAGGAACUACUGUGUAAUAAUUUUUGCUAAAUAUUGGUACAAUGUAAAAUUCAAGAUAUUUAGUUUUAUUUUUCCAGGUAAGCUCUGGUCAGCCUUGUAUACGAUGGUGACUCCCAAAUUAUAUCAGCCUUUUAUACACUAUUUACCACGGCUUUGUGUACCUAAGUCCACAGAGUGGACAGAUCGCUUGAGGGAGGGAAUAUAUUCAAAGUGCACGCAGGGCUGAGUCCUGGAGUUCCGUUUCAGAAGAUGGAAAGAGGCAGAAAAAUCUAGCAAAGGAGAUGAAGAAGCAGCUGGUGAAGUAGGAAGGAAAUAUUUCAAGCCGAGUGAUCGAUUCUAUCAAUAUUGCUGAGAAUCCAAGACAAGACAGAAUUACCACCGGACUUGGCAAAAUUGCUGUUACUGACAGCACUGCUUAAUCUUGACAGAGUGCUCCGGACGGACGUCUGGAGUGGACUGGAAAGGUCGGAGGUGAGGAAGCAAAGAUCACGGACUGAGACGGCGCUUUUCAUGAGUUUUGCUCAAGAAGGGAGAAAAGAAAUGGUGCUGCAGCCACAGGGGGUGUGAGUGAAACCAGGUUUUUGAAGAUGGGAAAUAAAGAACGUUCCAUUAAUCAUU